GGCUACUAUGCGUUAUACUAAAGUUUGUGUUUUCGCCUUAAGGUGCCAAUAAAAAGAAUGAGAAUGCCGGCGCGGCCGGCAGAACGGGUGGGAACCAGCAAUGAGAAGGAGUUAGUAAGAGUUCAUGAAUGAGAAGAUUCCUAACCUAACACAAUGUCGAAAUCAAUGAAUAUCACGGGGUUUACUAUAAACGGUCUUGUUUAUCAGUUCUUGCUGAGUAUAGACACAUCAUUAGCCAACGUAUUUCAAACGAAGACGAAAGCGCCUUUUUUGCCAAAGGGAUCUCCAUCCUUACUUCAAGUAUUUAAGUUUUUCCAAGAAAACUCUCCCAAUAGUAUUACACGUGUAACAUCGGGAAACAAAAGCAGUUCAGAUUCGGAGAGUGAAGAUGAGGUACCGAAGAAGACCAUGCAAGUUAAUGGUAAAGAAUGGCUGAAAACGGUGCCACUUAAGCAAGUAGCACAGCUUCCGGACUCACCAGAAUCUCCAUCACCAAGUGAAGACAGCAGCGAGGAUGAAGCUGCCACAAAACAGGCGACUCCUAUUGCUAGUAAAUCACAACCGCAGAAACAGAAUAAGCAGACGCCAGCUGUUACGAAACCAGCAUCCUUGAGUGAAGAUGAAGACAGCAGUGAAGACGAGAUGCCCGCGAAAAACUCCGCUGUUACUAAACGUAGUACAGUUGGCAAAUCUGUUCCUAAAAAGGACUCUUCUAGCAAAGAUUCUAGCAAAGAAAAGCCUGCUAAAAAAGUAACUCCAACAGUUAGUGCCAAGCAGAAAGAUGCUUCCUCAAGCGAAGACAGCAGUGAGGAUGAAGCUACUGCAAAACAAUCAACUCCCGUUGCAAGUAAAGCACAACCGCAGAAACAACAGAAAAAACAGACACCAGCUGUUACGAAACCAGAAUCCUCGAGUGAAGAUGAAGACAGCAGCGAGGACGAGGCUCCCGUGAAAAAAUCCGAUGUUACUAAAGGUAGUACAGUUAGCAAAUCCGUUCCUAAGAAGAAAUCUUCUAGUGAAGAUUCUAGCGAAGAAGAACAACCAGCUAAAAAAGUAGCUCCAGCAGUUACUGCUAAGCAGGAAGAUGAUUCCUCGAGCGAAGACAGCAGCGAGGAUGAAAGUGCUGCAAAGCAAUCAACUCUCGUUGCUACUAAAGCACAACAGCAGAAUAAACAGACCUCAGCUGUUAUGAAACCGGAAUCCUCGAGUGAUGAAGACAGCAGCGAGGACGAGGCUCCCGUGAAAAAAUCCGAUGUUACUAAAGGUAGCACAGUUAGCAAAUCCGUUCCUAAGAAGAAAUCUUCUAGUGAAGAUUCUAGCGAAGAGAGCAGCGAAGAACAGCCAGCUAAAAAAGUAACUCCAACAGUUGCUGCUAAGAAGAACGAUGCUUCCUCGAGCGAAGACAGCAGCAGCGAGGACGAGCCUCCCGCGAAAAAAUCAAAUUUAACUAAAGAUAGCACAGUUAUCAAGGAGGAAUCGUCGAGCGAGGAUUCAGACGAAGGACCUACGUCAAAACCAAUCGUGAAACAGGCGGAUAACAAAGCGCCAAAGCAACAGGAAUCUUCCAGCGAAGAUUCAGACGAUUCGGAAGACGAAACAUCAGCUGCAAACUCAGCCACCCAAGGAUUGAAAAGAAAACGUCAAAGUGAGGACGAAAGCGAGACCCCUGCCAAAAUUACGAAGAAUAAUUAUGGCAACUUUGUGAAAGCUAAUAAUAGCUUCAAUGAAAACAAACAAGAUAAAAACGAAGAUGAAAAUAGUUUUACGAAUAGAAGAGAUUCGGGACGAGGUGGAUUCAGGGGUGGAUUUAGAGGCGGACGGGGCGGUAGAGGAGGUUUCCGAGGAGGACGCGAUGAGGGUGGUUUCCGUGGAGGACGCGAUGAGGGUGGUUUCCGAGGAGGACGCGAUGGGGGUGGUUUCCGAGGAGGACGCGAUGGGGGUGGUUUCCGAGGAGGACGCGGCGGUUUUAGAGGCGGACGUGGCGGUGGUGAUAGGGAUGGUCGUUGGAGCAAUGACAGAAAUGGUGAUGGCGAUAGAGGUGGUCGUGGAGGACGUGGCGGUUUUAGAGGCGGUCGUGGCGGCGGCAGGGGCGGUUUUGAUGGUAGGAAAUCCUGGGGUGGAAACGAUAAUAACGAUGGAUUUAGAAGAUCAUGGGGUGAAAAUAGCGAUAGAGGAGGUCGGGGUAGUUUUGGAGGUGGUUUCGAUAACAAAAAGUCUAUCGAUUUCUCAGCGCCUGCUCAGAACAAAAAGAUCGUCUUCGAUGAUCCGUUUUUACCAAAGGGAUCUGCAUCCUUGUUACAAGUAUUUAAGUUUUUCCAAGAUAACUCUCCUAAUAGUAUUAAUAGUGUAAUAUCGCGAGGCUACAGAAGCAGUUCAGAUUCUUCAGAGAGCGAAGAGGAGGUACCGAAGACUAAGAAGACCACCCAAGUCAAUGGUAAACAGUUGUUGAAAACGGUGCCACUUAAACAAGUAAUGCUCCCGGACUCACCGGACUCUCCAAGUGAAGACAGCAGCGAAGAUGAGGCUCCCAUGAAAAAAUCCAAUGUUACUAAACGUAGUACAGUUGGCAAAUCCGUUCUUAAGAAGAAAUCUAGCGAAGAAGACAGCAGCGAAGAUGAGAGUAAUGAAGAAGAACAGCUGGCUAGAAAAGUAACUGUAGCAGUUAUUGCUAAGCAGAAAUAUACUUCCUCAAGCGAGGACAGUAGCGAGGACGAAGCUGUCACAAAACAAUCAGCUCCUGUUGCUAGUAAAGCACAACCACAGAAACAACAAAAAAAACAGACACCAGCUGUUACGAAACCGGAAUCCUCGAGUGAUGAAGACAGCAGCGAGAACGAGACUCCUGUGAAAAAAUCCAGUGUUAUGAAACAUAGUACAGUUGGCAAAUCUGUUCUUAAGAAGGAGUCUUCUAGUGACGAUUCUAGCGAAGAGAGCAGCGAAGAAGAACAACCAGCUAAAAAAGUAACUCCGGCAGCUGUUGCUAAGCAGAACUAUACUUCCUCAAGUGAAGACAGCAGUGAGGAUGAAGCUACUGCAAAGCAAUCAACUCCCGUUGCAAGUAAAGUACAACCGCAGAAACAGAAUAAACAGACAGCUGUUACGAAAUCGGAAUCUUCGAGUGAGGAUGAAGACAGCAGUGAAGACGAGGCUCCCGUGAAAAAAUCCGCUGUUACUAAAGGUAGUACAGUUGGCAUAUCCGUUCUUAAGAAGAAAUCUUCUAGUGAAGAUUCUAGUGAAGAGAGCAGCGAAGAGGAACAGCCAGCUAAAAAAGUAACUCCAACAGUUGCUGCUAAGAAGAAAGAUACUUCCUCGAGCGAAAACAGCAGCAGCGAGGACGAGUCUCCCGUGAAACAAUCUAAUUUUACUAAAGCUAGCACAGUUGGCAAAUCCGUUAUCAGGAAGGAAUCGAGCGAGGAAUCAAGCGAUGAUUCGGACGAUGAACCUGCGGCAAAACCAGUCGUGAAACAGGCGAAUAGCAAAGCGCCAAAGCAACAGGAUUCUUCCAGCGAAGAUUCAGACGAUUCGGAAGACGAAGCUCCAGCUGCGAAAUCUGCCGUUCAAACACUGAAAAGAAAACAUUCAAGUGAGAACGAAACGACACCUGCCAAAAUUGCGAGGAAUACUUACGGCAACUCCGCGCAAGCUAAUAGUAGCUUCAAUGAUAACCAACAGGACAAAAACGAAGAUGAAAAUAGUUUUACGAAUAGAAAAGAUUCGGGACGAGGUGGAUUCAGGGGUGGAUUUAGAGGCGGACGGGGCGGUAGAGGUGGUUUCCGUGAAGGACGCGAUGAGGGUAGUUUCCGAGGAGGACGCGAUGGGGGUGGUCGCGGCGGUUUUAGAGGCGGACGUGGCGGUGGCGGUGGUGAUAGGGGUGGUCGUUGGAGCAGUGAUGGUAACAGAGAUGGCGAUAGAGGUGGUCGCGGAGGACGCGGUGGUUUUAGAGGCAGUCGUGGCGGCGGCAGGGGCGGUUUUGAUGGUAGAAAAUCCUGGGGUGGAAAAGAUAAUAACGAUGGAUUUAGAAGAUCAUGGGGUGAAAAUAGCGAUAGGGGUCGGGGAGGUCGGGGAGGUCGGGGAGGUCGGAGUAGUUUUGGAGGCGGUUUCGAUAACAAAAAGUCUAUUGAUCUCACAGCGCCUGCUCAGAAUAAAAAGAUCGUCUUCGAUGAUUAAUGUUAAACAGACAAUUGUAUGAAUAGAGAGGUGCACGCGGAUCAUGGGGAGAACGGGCCAACGCAGUGUUAAAGCACACGAGGGGCAAACAAUUCCGACAUGAGAAGCAAAA